AGUGCUGUCACCAGGAGAGAUAAAGGUGGGCUGCGACGAUCACGUGGCCAGGUGGAAGGGGGUCGCUGUAGGCGAGGCCUUUCCGAGCCGGACCGGGAGACAAAAUGUCAUCACGUUUUUUGUCAAAACCACUGGCUUCUGGAGAAAAACUAAAGAAUGAGUCCACCAAAAAACAAGGGCCAUAUAAGAUCUUUUUCAAAGAUCUCUUUCUUUUCAAAGAAAAUGAAAUGGCAGAAAGGAAAAAGGAAAAAUUCUUGAACCACAGCAAGAAAAUCCACCAAAAGUCUACGUUUUCAUCACGAAUGAAGAGCCGUUCACACCUGAGCCAGAUAGCGUUCCGCACUGACACGGGGGCUGGCUCGUUUGAGAAGUUCAUGCUGGACCCGGCUCUUAUUCUCAGAUUACAGGAUGGUGCAGACACAAAAAGGAAUAUCCAUGAAUUCAUUAGCGACCAGAGAAACAGGUUUCUGCUCGAGUACACGCUGUCCACCAAAAGGAGCACCAUCACCAAGUUCGAGAAGUGCAUGGAAACGGAGGAGCAGCAGAUCCUGAAAGCAGAGACGAAGCUCCAGGACGACGCGCUCGCCUUCGAAGAGUUCCUGCGAGAAAACGACCGGCGAUCUGUGGACGCCCUGAAAGUGGCAGCCCAAGAGACUGUGAACAAACUCCACAUGACGGCUGAGCUGAAAAAAGCGAGCCUGGAGGUGCAGGCAGUGAAAAGUGAAAUAUCAAAAGCAGAAUUCCUUUUGAAAGAGUACAUGAAAUACGGACUUUUUCUGCUGAAAUUGUCUCCAAAGCAAUGGCAGAUCCAGCAAGCACUGAAAAGGGUACAGGUGUCAAAGAGUAAAGAAAAUAUGGAUGGUGGUCUCCCCAAAAUAUCAACAAAAUUAAAUGCAAGGAUGGGAGAGGGCAGUGCUGAGGACGUCAGAAAGACAUCGACUUUGGAUGACUACUCCUUGGGAACAGGCAACCAAGGAAAACCACGCAAGGAGUCCGCUCGCGCCGUGGAGAAAAGCAAGACGUCCAUAUCAAACAGAUCUGCAAGUGUAAGUUCGGAAGACAGUUUAGAUGAGGAGUUGGACUACGAUCUGGAGCCAGAGCUUUAUUUCAAAGAACCAGAAGAGCUGCUUCAAGUCCUCCAAGAGUUGGAAGAGCAGAAUCUUACUUUGGUCCAAUAUUCUCAGGAUGUAGAUGAGAAUCUUGAAGAUGUGAAUAAAAGAGAGAAACUCAUACAGGAUAAAAUAAAUAGCAACAUAGAGUUUCUUUUAGAGCACAAGGAAAUGCUUAAGGCCAACUGUCUGAGAGAAGAGGAAAAAGCAGCGGAACUGGAAUUAAGGUCCAGGCUGUUUAAUUUUGGAGAAUUUAAUUCAGAAGCCCAGGAAAAACUGAUAGACUCUCUUAGUAAAAAAAUUAAUCAAGUGUACAAAGUCUGCAUCGGAGAUGGUGAGGUUGGCAGCCUCAACGCAGUCCAAAAGCUAGUAAAGAUAGAGUCUCGCCUGGUGGAACUGAGUGAUCUCAUUGAAACCAUUCCCAAAGAGAAUGUGGAGGCAAUUGAGAGGAUAAAACAGAAAGAACGACGGCAAAAGUUGCGUGAAGAGAAAAUGAAAGAAAAACAAAGACACCAAGAAGAAAGGCUGAGAGCUGCCCUGGAAAGAGCAGUAGCACAACCAAAGAAAAAGCUGGGAAGACGACUUGUCUAUCGUUCAAAACCUCCAUCUGGUAACAAACAAGAACUACUUUUAGUCCAGGCUACAACAACAAGAUCAAUAGAGGAGGAGUAUUUUUUCACUUGAAUAGGAGCAGUAAGACAGCAGCACAAUGUUUAAGCACAUUGUACAGAUUUGGGUUCACAGUAAUGGCACUACUCUGUGCCAUGUGCUGGCCUAACCAAUUUGAGAAAGACAUGCUGUUGUUCUGAAGGUUACAGGAUUGGAAAUGGAAGUUAUUUCCUUUUGUUGAAGGCUUUUAUUACCCAUGGCCUAGAUAUUAUUCUAAACAUUUUAGAGCUAUACUUUGAGCUGUCCCAGUUGGGAAUACACAUCCAAAGUUACUUUACUGAUGUAACUAUACACUGAAUGGCCACUAAAUUGCAAUAGUGGCAUUCUCUGACAACAUGAGACUUUAAAUGAUCUAUUUUUCCCAACCAAUCUACAGGAAAGUUCAUAGUAUACAUUUCAUCACUGUGGAGUAUGUGGAGUAUACAUUUUAAUAAUGUACAACUCUAAAACAUGUGAAGGGUUUCUGAGGAGUUUAAAAUGCAAAUGAAAACCACUAGGUUAUAUUCUCAGAACAUAACUAUGGGAAUGAUUUGUAAUUCACAUUAAGCAAUACUAUUCAGAAACUUCAUUCUCUUAAGUGAACCAACCAUGUCUUCAGCCUACAUAUCAGUUCACAAUUUGUUGUGCUCUAUAUCUGUAAGCAACUUUCAGGUGAUGUUUCGUUUUAGCUAUAAUAUGUGUAUACUAUUAAGCUUACAUGUAAUUUGUCUACUAAAAUAAUACAUUAUUAUAUGUUAAGUCUAGGAAAACAUUUAACUUUAUACAUGUCAAAAAUGGCUCAAAAUAACUAAAAAAAAACAGUUGCUUUUAAAAGGUCUGUUAAUAUAUAAUUACAAGAAAAGGGCUGAGAUUCACCUUUGUAAACAUUUAUAAGGCAUAUAAAUAACUUUCCUUUAUAGAUAAAAAUAAGAGUAUUGAGUUUACUAAAGAAAACCAAUUCGAGCAAAGCUGGGUGGCUUUUAGGGUAUUACUUUCGUAGAUAAUCUUUCAAAU